AUAAAUAAAUACUAUAUUUAGUUUGUGGUAUGACUUCGGAGUGUAAAGACGUUGUUUAUUUUUAUCAAUAGACCGACCGACUCGUACACUGUUUUGUUUUUGUUUUGGUUUUAUUAUUGUUUUGUAUUUUUCUUUAAAUUUGUGCUGACUACUGAAUUUUUUUUUACGAAAAUUAAAACAAAAAGUAUAUUUUUUUAAAUAAAAGAAAAUUUGUAUUUAAAAAAAGUGAGUGUAAUCGAGUGAGUGCGCCAGUGUGUUGGGUAAAGAGUGGUGGAUUGUUUAGUGUAUGUGUGUGUGUUUAGGUAGAGGAGAAUUUUAUGAUCGUUGCUUAAAUAUAAUAAGUAGAGAUAAAGUAGCAUUUGAAAUUUAACAAACAACAACAGCAACAGUGUGUUAAUGAUAAUAAUCAUUUCGGAAAAAAAGUAUUAAUAAAAAUGUAAUCAUAUCAUAAAAUGAUAUUUUAGCCGUCAUUAUUAAAGCCAAAUACCUACGAGUUAACAAUUUUUAAACACCAAUCAGUUUAAAUAUUUAACGCUUUUGUGAACAACACACAUUGUUUCCAAUUGAAAAAAAUUUUUAAAAAAUACUAAAAGAAAAUUCUCUACGUAACCAAAACAACAAUAACAAAAAAAAGUGAAUUUAAAGUAAUAUUCCAAGCUUUUUUUUCUGUUGUUGUUUAAAUGUUAUCGACACGUUCAUCGUCAGCAACAUACAACAAAUAAAGUUAAAAUUAAAAAAAAAAUAAGUUAAUAUAAUAAAUAAACAACAAAAUUUUAAAAUAAUAUGAUAAAAUACUUAACAAAAAUACUUGCAAAUUAACCCAAAAAAUAACUACAUAAAUUUAAUAAUUUACUUAAUGAUAACAAAAAAAAAAAAACUUCAUUAAAAAUCUAUAAACCAUAAAUAAUUAUCUAAAACGUAAAAUUAACAUUCACCUUUAGAUUCCAACACAAAUUACUUAAUAUUUAUUAUUAUCUAAAGUUAAUAACGUUUUUAGUUUCCUGAAAAAAUAACUAAAACCACAAUUUUAAAUCCAGAGAAAAAAAACUGCAAUUUUCAAAUAAACCAAUUAGAGAAUAGUACGAGACAACAGCCGCUCUAAAACAGACAAAGGAAUCAAACUAAAAGACUGACACAAACCAAUUGAGUGAGUGAGUGAGUGAGUGAGUGAAUGAAUGAAUCAUGUUUCAGACUAAAAAGUAUUUAAUUUGAACCAGACACCAGAACACAGAUACUCUCGAUAAAGAAAAUGUUUAAGAAUAGUUUCUUUUUGUAAAUGUUAAAUUUAAUAAAAGUGAAAAUUAAAACAAAAAAUAAAUACUAAAACUUAAAAAUAUAAAAAAUAUAUAUUAAAACAAAACUAAGCAAAACUAAAAAUGGCCGAAUCUAAAUAUAUUUCAAUACCCACCUCAGAGACCAACAACACAACCUACAAUAUGCAUAAUAGUUCAGCUAAAGGUGAAAGUGAUGACACUGAUGUCAUAACCCUUAAUAUUCUAACAAUGUAUAAUAAUGACAACAACUCUACGUCUAUGCCCCAAACGUCUACGACGUCGACCACACCUACAAUAUCAACCACCAGAAGAUUAUUUUCAAGAAAACCAAAAAAUUUACAUUUAAAAAUUUCAUCUCCUUCACUGGAAACGGAAAAUGAUAGUUUGUCAAGUGAUAAAAUUAAAUCAGCAACAACAACAAAAAAUAAUUCUACCUCCUCAACGACACCGUCAACAUCGACGACAACAACAACAACAACAACCACAUCCAACUCUAUAUUUCCUCACGAACAGAGUAGAACGAGUAAAAAACUGAAUAUUGGUUUUGAAAAUAUACGCUAUACGGCGCAUAUGGGAUUUUUUCGUAGAGGUGAGUACGAAUUUUAUUUAGAAAAAUAUAAAUGACUUAUUAAGUCCUAGUUAGAUUAUAGAAAGUUGUCAUAUAUAAUCAUUUUAAUAUUCUGAUUUUACUAGGCUUGCAGAUUUUUUUUUAUCCUAAACUAAAAAUCCGGAAUACUUGCAGAGUUUCGCUAUCCUCUCAACCUGCUCUACAUUCGUCUGAAACCGCACGUCCAUUCCGUCCACUCAGAAUACCUACCAUACUAAACUCAGACUGGCUCAUUUUAAGGAGAUUUCUCGUCAAGGUUACCCCAUAGGAUCUUUGUCGUUCUACCCAC